AUGUCGACGCCACAUGUCAUAGCGUCUUCCUCUAACCAUCCUUCUCAUUCUGUUUCCUCAAACAAUGGGAUUGUUGGCGGCCACUACAAGGUUGGGAAGAAAAUCGGCGAAGGCUCAUUCGGUGUCGUCUUUGAAGGCGUCAAGGUGACCACAAACCAACCAGUGGCCAUAAAAUUUGAACCUCGCAAGUCUGAUGCUCCUCAACUUCGAGAUGAAUUCCGUUCGUACAGAACAUUGAACGGAACACCGGGUGUUCCACAGGUGUAUUAUUUUGGGCAAGAGGGGCUGCACAACAUUUUGGUCAUCGACCUUUUGGGUCCCAACUUGGAGGAUCUUUUUGAUAUGUGUGGGCGUAAAUUCACUAUCAAGACUGUGUGCAUGGCUGCCAAGCAGAUGGUUACUCGUGUUCAGGCAAUCCACGAAAAAUCCCUCAUCUACCGAGAUAUCAAGCCUGACAACUUCUUGAUCGGCGUUCCUGGAAAUAAGAACGCGAAUACCAUUCACAUCAUCGACUUUGGUAUGGCAAAGCAUUAUCGUGAUCCCAAGACGAAAGUGCAUAUUCCUUAUCGGGAACGCAAAUCGCUGUCUGGUACCGCACGCUACAUGUCCAUCAAUACUCACUUGGGUCGUGAACAGUCUCGUAGAGAUGAUUUAGAAUCUCUGGGACAUGUUUUCAUGUACUUUUUGAGAGGAGGCCUUCCAUGGCAAGGAUUGAGGGCCGCAACGAAUAAGCAAAAGUAUGAAAAGAUUGGAGAGAAAAAGCAGACGACUCCUAUCUCGGAGCUUUGCGAGGGAUUCCCUGAGGAGUUCACAAUCUACAUGAACUAUGUCAGGAAACUAGGCUUUGAGGAGACACCAGAUUACGAUUUCCUGCGGGAGCUUUUCUCCAAGGUGUUGAAGACGUUGGGUGAACCUGAAGAUGGUAUCUUUGAUUGGAUGCUGCUAAACAACGGCAAGGGAUGGGAAGCUAGUAGCCACGCAUCUGCCUCCGCGGCAGCAACGCCACAUCGGGAAGCGCGCCGAGAACGCGACCAUGGUCGUCGCUCGCGACAGCCUGAUGGGACUACCCCCAACCAGCUUGUCCUUAGCCCUGCCCCUAUCCAUCAGAAGAGCAGCCGCCGGACCCCAACAGGAGAUCGGGAUCGUCUUGCGAACACCUCGGGAAGUGUACAACCUCUCGCGCCUACCAGCAGAAGGGCCAGUCAACAGCAAAGAGGAGAUAUUGGAGGCAUCAAUAGUGCCACUCUCACUGCACCUCAUCCCUAUGCUACUGCGCCGAGCCCUAAUGGUUACCGUAAUGCUCCUACGCCCAAUACUUACGGCCGUCAAUCUCCAAACCCACCUCCAAAUAUGCAUCUAGGAGCUAAUGGACAUAUGAAUGGGUCUGAGUCGUUUUUGUAUGGACAAGCACAAGCAGGCAAGAAUGGGUCUGGUGAAGCUACUACAGCUGCUGGAACGGGGCAGAAGGAUCUACAUGGACAAGUAAGAAACGGAAUGGGAAUGGGAAUGUACGAUCGGGAACAAAUGCAACGGGUCGGCGAUCAGGGAGAAGAUGGCGGCCACGGACGACCUAAAGGAUUCUGGAGCGUGCUUUGCUGCCGCGGAUGA